AUGUUUGACAAGUUUAAGAAGUCUAUGAUGGUUGAAUUUGAUAUGAUUGAUCUUGGGAUGAUGCAUUACUUUUUGGGCAUUGAAGUGACUCAAUCAAUAGCGGGGACUUUUAUUUCUCAAAAGAAAUAUGUUCAAGAAAUUUUAGAUAGGUUUCAGACAAAGAAUUGCAAUUCUGUGAGUAUACCAACUGAGUUUGGUUUGAAGCUUUUGAAAGAUCCUAAAGGAAGAAAGGUGGACAGCACCCGUUACAAGCAAAUUGUGGGAAGCUUGAUGUACUUGACUGCAACACAACCUGAUAUAAUGCGUGCUGUGAGUUUCAUUAGUAGGUACAUGGAAUACCCAAGACAGAUGCAUCUCAAUACUGCAAAAAGAAUUUUUCGAUACUUGCAAGGUACUGUUGCUUAUGGGCUGUUUUAUAAGAAGGAAGAGAAGUCAGAUUUAUUUGGCUUUACAGAUAGUGAUUAUGCUGGGGAUCUAAAUGAUAAAAGAAGCACUUCAGGAUAUGUUUUUAUACUGGGUUCAGGAGCUGUGUCAUGGUCCUCAAAGAAGCAACCAAUUGUUACUUUAUCAACAACCGAAGUUGAGUUCAUAAUUGCAACUUCAUGUGCCUGUCCAGCUAUUUGGCUAAAGAAGAUUCUUGAAGAACUUCAGUUCAAGCAACAAGGAGCAACUUCAAUUUACUGUGACAGUAGUUCAGUCAUUAAACUCUCCAAAAAUCCUGUUCUAUAUGGUAGAAGCAAACAUAUAGAUGUGAAGUAUCACUUCUUGAGGGAUCUUACGAAAGAUGAAGCAAUUGAUCUUAUUUUCUACAGAAGUGACGAGCAAGUUGUGGACAUAUUCACUAAACCCCUCAAGUUGCCUACAUUUCUGAAGCUAAGAAGAUUGCUUGGUGUGGGACUUGCUGCUGGUUGGAAACGUCCGGCCAGAGCUGCUCCUGCCCUGUCCCUCAGCUUCCCUCUCUACACCUGCUCUGCUUCUGUCCUUGAAUGUGCUGCGGAGAGCGUGAGGGAAAGAGAGGGAGCGGAAGAGCAGGGCGGGCCGGUGAAGAAAGAAAGAGAAAGGAGCUAG